GCUACCGGAACCCUCGGUGCCAGCUCUGCGAGAUCGAAGAGGUACGACAGGCAGUUCCUUCCAAGGAGAUGUCGAUUCCAUUCUCCAACACCCACUAUCGAAUUCCACAAGGAUUUGGGAAUCUUCUAGAAGGGCUGACACGUGAAAUUCUGAGGGAGCAACCGGCCAAUAUACCAGCUUUUGCCGCAGCAUAUUUUGAGAAUCUUCUAGAGAAAAGAGAGAAAACCAACUGUGACCCUGCAGAAUGGGGGGCUAAGGUAGACGACCGCUUCUAUAACAACCAUGCAUUCAAGGGCCAAGAAGCACCUGAGGAUGGUGAGCCUGAAACAAAGUCUCAAACAGCUGAGGAGGACAUGCCCGCCCAGGGCAGUAAAUCUGCUGAACAGGAACAAGAGGAGGCCGCUAUCAAAAUCCAAGCAGCCUACCGGGGGUACAGAGCCAGGGAGGAGGUAAAGAAAAUGAAAUCCAAUAUGGCUGAGACACAGGAAGAGAACUGAGCAGACCGGCCCACCCCAGAGCACAUGGAAAAGUAAUCCAGAUCCAUCAAUCUUAUGAUUGUCAUUUUUCCCUUACUAAAGGAGAUUUGAUGUAGUGAAAUAACAUUUGUUGCUGUUGUGAAAAUCUGUCGUGAGCAUUUGUUUAAUAAACAUGCC